UUCUGUUCAGUACAGAUACAUUUUGUACAUGUAUAAAUGAUAAUUUAACCAAAACUAUUUAGUCAAUAACAUUCAUGUUAUAAGUGUCAACAAAUGAAUGGUGUUUUUUUUUUGUCAGGACUCUCAAGAAGAGAGACAGGAUGAUUUGCCCUCUCAGUCUCAGGACUUAUUUCCGGAGGAGGUCCAAAGUUCUGCAUCACUAGAUGACAACAUUGGAAGGCAGAUAUUGGCUGAGUUGAAGAGUCUGCAGAAUAGGAUGGGCAAGAUGGAAGAGAAUAUGACAGAAAUGCAGAAGAAAUUACUAAAUGCAGAAAAGAAAGCUGCAUUUAGUAUUGAUUCCUGUACAUUUAAGAAAAAACUUUGCAGCUACUUGAAAGACAGAUUUACUUCUAAUCCAUGGCUGGAGCCAACUUCUGAUGUAGAAUUUAAGGUUAGUGCUCUUAUAUUGUAAAAGG